AUGAAUUUCGGGUCACAGCCGAAUAUUUCGCGUUCUUCAAGGCGGAAUGAGCUAGACCCCAAGCCUGCUCGCAGUCUGAACAAUUUGAACACGGUUGAUGGACCCCCGGACCCCACUUUUCUGGAGGAAGUUGGUAGUGGAACUUAUUCAGUUGUUUAUAAAUGCAAGUUGGAAGCGAAUGGGCCUGUACUGGCAGCGAAGGUGAUGAAGAUGAAUCCCUCUGAAGGUGCCCCAGGAACGGCUAUUCGAGAAGCCGGUAUUCUUAAGCUGCUCAAGCACGAUAAUAUUGUCACCUUACAUGAAGUCAUCUAUAAACCUGGGAAAAUAACUCUGGUUUUCGAAUAUAUAGAAGACAACCUCUCCAACUACAUGGGGAAACACGAUUUACCGAAGGAUAGUGCCACUGUUCAGCGAUUCUCCUCUCACUUAUUUCAAGGACUGGCAUACAUACACAAGAAGAAUAUUCUUCACAGAGACUUGAAGCCUGAAAACACUUUGAUAACAAGCAAUGGCAUUUUAAAAAUAGCAGAUUUUGGAAUGGCUCGACAGAAAUUCCUUUCAACGUGUGACAUGGAAACACGUGUUGCAACCCUUUGGUAUAAACCACCGGAAAUUCUCCUAACGGGGUGCAAAUACGACUUUGGCAUCGACAUAUGGAGCGCCGGAUGCAUCGUCUACGAGAUGAUGAACGGCGAAGUGCUCUUCAAGGGGACUGAUUUUGUAACGCAGACUUUUAAAAUCUUCCAAAUACUCGGCAUACCGCCACAGUCAUAUUGGCCGGAGUUGAGACUCAACCAAACAUUUCAGGCGAUUCAAGGGAAUUUGGAGGAAUCCUAUCCGGCCACCACUUUGCAAACAUACGAUAUAAAAACCCCUCUUAGAGAUCGUUUCACACAUCCUUCUAAUCGUCACUGGCGCGAAAACGCGGCUGCUUUCAGCCUGCUAGAGGCCUGCCUACAACCCUGCGAAUCAAAACGUAUCGCGGCCGAGGAUGCGCUGAAAAUGGAUUUCUUGGCUAGAUGUGUGGCCCCGUCAAAAAUCGACCAGACAUACUCUUUAAGGAUCCCCAAACCCUCGGAUCAUAUUGGCACAACAGAUUUAUGCCCCGCUAGCAGGGCUGACAAGCACAGCAUCGAGACACGGAGUUCGCGAUCUGAACUCCAGCCGACUGUUAUGGAAGAAAGUCACUCCAACUCCUCGGAUUGCUUCCAAGGCAAAACGCAGUCGGAUCAUCAAAUCCAAAUUUGGGGGGGCAGUUGCGGAUCGUCUCUUUCCAAUCCUCCUCCUUCACUUUCAACAUUACCACCGCAAGAAAGCACGCGGUGUAAUGGUAGUAUCAAAGAUUCGAGAGGUAGUUUUGGACCGUGUCUACGUACAUCACUAUCAUCACAACCACCACCACAACUACCACCACGGAAUACUCGCGAAAGAGGACAGGAUGCUUGUUUGCUGCCUAGUGUGUCAUCCAUACCGUCGUUGGGUAGUGGCGUAACCUCUCUUCCCAUUUCUACUGCUCAACAAGAUAUUCUUAAAUCUCCCUCUUAUCGACAUCCAUCACCGCCGCCAAUUCCACUACGUGUGCGACGUCACCACGCGAACACAGUCCCUUCUGGACUUUCGAAGUCGAUGGAACUCUCCUAA